CUCACUUUGACCCUUCUUUCUUCUUUCCUUUGUCCCUAAAUUCGACUGAAAGCCGAGAAACUCCUCUCUCCUCAUCUCUGCCAUUGUGAGUAUAACCUCUCAACCUCCAUCUCUCUCUCCUUCUCUCCCAAUUUUCUUUCUAGGUUGGUUUCUCUAAUCUCUCUUCUUACGAAAUCAGCACGCGCGAUUAGAAUCGAUCAGACGGGUUUGGGGGGAUCAGAGAGGAACCAGGAAGAUCCAGAUCCAGAUCGACCGGUUUUUUGGGUUUCAGGGUUUUUGAUCUCUCGAGGAUGAGAAGGACACGAGCUCCGCGUACGAUUUUUUACAACAUUCAGCUGCGAUACUCCAUUUGUGGACACAUGUCUCGCUUAUUUGUCAGUUCUCCCUCUUCCAUCCGCACGUUGGAGUGGAACUCCAGGUCGACUAUUGGAACUGAGGAGUGCAGAGAGCGGAGUCGGAGAAGGGGAAAAUCCGGUAGGUUUUACAGUGGUUUCCACUUUGAGGUGGAACAACGACAUCGAUUGUUGCCACGAGAAUCAGGUAGAGAGACGGGGAGAAUCCAAAGCCAAGCAGCUUGAAAUUUUGUUGAUCUUUUCUCUUCCACCUAUUGUUGAGGCAUAUAUGUCCUGUUGCGGUGAACUCGGGAUCUCUUUUUUUUUUUUGGUUUGUUCUCUACUAUUUGUUGACAUUGAUUCAAUUUUCUUUCCCCUUCCACUUGCAGAUCUGCUGCUACAAUAAACUAAUUGAGGGUCCGCAGACUCAUCAUCGUGUCUGCCAGGGACAUUGACCAAGGUUAUUAUCUCUCUCUGAUGGUUGUUCACCUCUCUCUGUACCCUGUUAUGUAUACAGUUUUCUCAGUUCUGAUUUAUGGCUUUUGUUUGAUGCUUAUGGGGGCGUUCCUGUGUUUCUGGAGUUGACGAUCGGCCUGAGCUUCGGAGUGGUUGAGGAGGAUAAGUGAACCUGAGACAUCUUUAAGUAUCUAAGAUGUUUUAUUACCCUCUUUGAUACCUCUCUUUCGUUCUCAAUUUAGGCACACCACUUUCUGGAAAUAAGCUCUGUUCGCGUUGCAUUUUAUUUUAACUUGGUUGUUUCCCUCGGUGUAUCUCAUUCCCUCUGCUUGUCUUAUUUUCUAUAAUUGACUAUUUUUGAGGUUGAAUGGUUGUGUAGCUUGGCCUUUAUCACUUUGCUUCCACUUCGACUCUUCUUAUAAACUUCUCGCUCUGUAUUUUAUCCCCAGAUUUAGUGUAUGACUAUAAUCUUGGGCCAGCUUAAGUUGAUGUAUCGUGUUCAUUUGCAUGUAUUGAUUUUUGUUGUUUAAUUAAACCACCCCAGGGCUCAGGGCGUCAAAGGAUUGUGUGUUCAGUUUGUGGCCUUUCUUAUUUGUUAGUUUGCAGAAGUUAAUUUCCGACCCUUUUGUUUGAGAAAUCUGCACAGCUUGAAGGCACUGGCACCUUUGGAAUUUGGAUGUGGAGGGUUCAAAUGUUGGUUUAGUUGCUUUAAUAUUAAAAAUUGAGUGGUGUUGAGAUGGACAUUAAAUUGGAAUCAUGUAAACCAAUGAACUAUUUUGUUCAUGCCAUAUGCCGAGAUUUGAACUAAAGAUUGUCAAAUUCUUAGCAGCCCUUAUACAUAAUGC